AUGGCCACCCACCCGCCGGAGGCCGGCCUGGCCCCCAGGCGGCAGCCGCGCCUCGCGCCCCCCGGCGACCCACCCGCAUGCCGCCGCGCCCCGCGGCGCCAUGGCCCCAGCGGCCGACCGCCAGGCGAUGGGCGGAUGGCUUUCGACGUUCGUUGCCUGGCGCCGGGCGGGAGGUCGAUGCGAGGGGGCGGCGGGCGGGAUGGCGACGUGGAGUGCCGGACGUUCCUGGAGGAGCUGGAGAAGUUCGUCACGAGCGAGGGGACGGUGGAGGAGGUGUCAGAGGAGCAGUCGCGAUUUGACUAUCUCGGGGAAAGCAAUGAGGGGGACCUGCAGCUUAUGGCGCCGAUCGUCACUGACAACGAAAUCAAGGUCUUGGGGUUGAAAUCUGCAGAGGAGGUGGUGGACAUGGACUAUGGCAAGCUGCACAAGUCCACACAGGGCCUGCUGGACCAGUUGGGGGUGCCGUUGGUAUUUCCAGAGGGUCUGCCACAGAGGGGCAUCUACUGUAGCAGAACACUGAAUUUUCGAUCCAUCAAAUGCAUAGGGUAUGACAUGGACUACACACUAGUGCAUUAUGAUGUCAAUGCCUGGGAAGGCCGGGCUUACCAGUAUGGUAUCAGGAACCUGCGCAGCAUCGGGUACCCCACUGAGGGCCUCCGUUUCGACCCUGACCUUGUUGUCCGGGGACUGGUGGUGGACAAGGAACUUGGGAACAUCGUGAAGACAGACCGUUUCGGGAUUCCAAGACGUGGCAUGCAUGGCACAAAGCAGAUGUCGAUAAAUGAGCUGAGGCAUACGUAUGGUCGGCAGACAGUGGACCUCAGGAAUGAAGAGCGCUGGAAUUUCAUCAACACAUUUUUCUCAGUUUCAGAGGCAAACCUCUAUUUGCAGAUGGUGGACCGAUUGGAUCAGGGCCAAAUCCCCAUUUCUGUGGGAUCACGCUCAUACCUGGGCCUCUACAAAGCUGUUGGAAAGGCGCUGUAUCAGACACAUGUGGAGGGUGUCCUGAAGGAGGAGAUCAUCCAAGACCCAGGGAAAUUCGUGCAAGUGGACCCUGAUAUUGCCCAGACCCUGUUGUACCAACGGGAAGCCGGCAAGAAGCUCCUGCUCAUCACCAAUUCGGAGUAUGAGUACACCAACAAGAUGAUGAGCUUCGCCAUUGAGCCCUUCCUGCCUGGUGACAUGAAGUGGAGGGACCUCUUUGACAUGGUGAUUGUGCAAGCUAGGAAGCCUGACUUCUUCACCUACAACAUGAGCCUUUACGAAGUGGUGACGGACGAUGGCCUGAUGCGCCCGUGCCACACUGCCAGGCCUGGUGGCCUCUACUGUGGAGGAAGCGCCAGGAUGGUGGAGAAGACGCUCAAUGUGGAGGGGGACGACGUGUUGUAUGUGGGAGACCACAUCUACACGGAUGCAGCCCUGGCAAAGAUCAAUUUCAAGUGGCGGACGGCCCUGAUCGUGCGGGAAAUGGAGAAGGAGAUCGCCGCGGUCAUCACGGGACAGGAGCACCGCGAGCAGCUGAACGAGCUGGUGUCGAAGAAGGAGCUCAUAGGCGACGUCUUCAACCAGCUGCGUCUCCGGAAGAGCGUGCACCACAACGGGCAGCUGCUGGAGCACUUUCACGACGAGGAGAAUCUCAACCGCGUCCUGGCGCAGCUGCUCAUGGUAAUGAAUACGCUGGACGAACACAUUGGCGACAUGCUGGAGCGGGAGGGGGAGCAUUUCAACAAGAUAUGGGGGUACCUGUGCCGCACGGGCCUGCAUGACAAGUCCGCCCUGACGCGCCAGAUCGAGAAGUGGGCGGACAUCUACACCUCACGAGUGUCCAAUUUCAAGCGCUACACGCCCUUCAUGUACUUCCGCUCCCCGUCCCAGUCGCUCGCGCACGACCGGCGGAUCGUGGAGCCCAAUGAGGACCCCGAGUUCAAAGAAAUGAUCUGGCAGCAAAACGGGUGCCUCGAACAGACCUAG